AUGCCCUAUUUCAAGAUAAACGGCCGAGGUCAGAUGCGUCUCAUCCAGUGUGGCUCUCGUUUCCUUACGGAUACAGAGACUCGCUACGCCACCAUAGAGCUGGAGCUACUUGCAGUCACUUGGGCUAUAGCUAAGUGCCGCCUAUACUUGUCUGGACUUCAACAUUUCACCUUAAUGACUGACCAUCGCCCCUUGAUACCAAUUCUCAAUCACUACAAAUUGGAUGCUAUUGAGAAUCCACGCCUUCAACGCCUCAAGAUGAAAGUGGCCCCCUACCUCUUCAAUGCAGUAUGGCACGCAGGGAAACAACUUUGCAUACCAGAUGCCCUGUCUCGCUCCCCAACCAGUCGCCUCACACCUGAAGAUGAAGAGGAGUGCACCACUUCGACUGCACAUGUCAGGCGUAUCGUUGCCAGCACUGCCACUUCCACUGACGACCAGGCAACAGGACCCAUCGUCGAAGAAGACAAGUCUCUACAAGAAAUCCGCACGGCCGCAUCUCAGGAUCAAGAUUACAGUCGUCUCGUUUACUACGUCUCCAACGGUUUUCCUACCAACCGCUAUGAUCUCCACGCUUCCGCCCUCCCGUAUUGGAAGCUGCGGGACAACCUUUACGCGGAUGGAGAGUUAGUAUUGUAUGGACCCCGGAUCAUCAUCCCUGCAGCCCUCCGUAGACGCACCUUGGAUCGACUCCACGACAGCCAUCGAGGGAUUGAAGCUACUCGACGUCGUGCAAUGCAGACAGUAUUCUGGCCAGGUAUCAAUGCAGAUAUCAAGAGUAAAGUAGAAAGCUGGAAAUCCUUCCUUGUUAUUGCUGAUAGACUUUCAGGCUGGCCUGUGGUUGUUCCCUGUGGACGUGACACAACUUCAGCCAGAGUUACAAGAAUGUUCUGUGUUUUCUUCCGCGAGGUUGGUGUUCCACUCCGCUUACGAACUGAUGGAGGACCCCCAUUUUCCAGCCAUGACUUCAAGCAAUUUGCCGACCGCUGGGGAGUUCAUCACAUCAUCACUUCUCCACAUUACCCUCAGGCUAAUGGACACGCAGAAGCUGCAGUGAAAGCUGUUAAACAUCUUAUCCUCAAGACUGCCCCAUCCGGGAACAGAGAUUGUGAAGCCUUUGAUAGAGGACUGCUGGAGCUUCGGAAUACACCGAACCCUGCUGGACGCUCCCCUGCGCAGAUCCUCUAUGGCCAUCCUCUCCGCACUUAUGUUCUGGCUCACCCCAGAUCAUUCACAGAGGAGUGGCAAACUAAGACUGAAGAUUACGACCGUCGCACUGCUGCCCAAACCGACCAAGCCAUGAGCCUUUACAAUUCUCAUGCCCGCCCUCUACCCAAGCUCCCCAUCGGCCAACGAGUUAGGAUACAGGACUCAACGACGCUUCGAUGGGACAAGGUCGGCAUCGUGAUGGGCCGCGGAAUGUCAAGAAAGUAUGAAAUACGCCUUCCAAGUGGUCGUGUAUGGUUUCGAAACCGAAGACAUUUACGCCCAGUGGCUAACAUGAGUGAUGACACCUCUCCCCAAGUCCCUGUGUCCCCUUGCUCUGGCCAGGAAAGAGAGCCAUCAUUCGAACCCUCCAAUGUCCCUCGCCAUUCACCUCGACUAGCUCAGAGGAAUUUAUGUUCCGCUCGAGACACUGCUACGAGCGUAAAGGGGGAGGGAGGUGUAUAG